AUGUUAAGUGAAGAAAAGAAACUUAUCGGCUUGAAGUUCAAGGUUGACGAUAUGGGUGAAGUGAAACACGUUCUUGGAAUGGUGAUUAGAAGAGAUAGGAGAAAAGGAAAGAUGACGAUCAGUCAAUCCACAUAUUUGCAAGGCAUUUUAAAACGCUUUGGCAUGGAACAAUGCAAACCUGUCUCAACUCCUCUAGAGCCUGGAAAACAUUUCCAAGAAUUACCAGAUGACGAGAAUCCUACCAAUACUAAUGAGUAUCAAAAGCUUAUAGGAUGCCUAACAUAUGUGACGACGGCAACUCGACCAGAUUUAGCCUCAGCUGUUGGCAUAUUAUCGAAGUUCAUGUCGAAACCCAGUAAAGAACAUUGGCACGGUGCAAAAAGAGUCCUGAGGUACAUCAAGGAUACUGUUAACUACGGUCUGGUGUUUGAAGGCAAAAGCACAAAAUGUUCAUUAAUUGGUUACUCAGAUGCUGAUUGGGCAAAUGACUUAGAUACGAGAAGAUCAACAUCUGGAUAUGUUUUUCAGAUCAAUGGAUCAACAGUGAGCUGGUGCAGCAAAAGACAACCCUGUGUAACAAGAUCAACUACAGAAGCUGAAUAUGUGGCCCUAAGUCAUGCAACACAAGAAAUCGUGUGGCUGAGAAGAUUACUCAACGAUAUCGGAGAAAAACAAGAUCAACCAUCCAUUAUGAAUGAAGAUAAUCAGGGAGCCAUUGAGCUAUCCAAAAAUCCACGAUUCCACAAUCGUACAAAGCACAUAGACGUGGCAUAUCAUUUUGUUCGCGAAAAAGUCGGUGACAAAUCCAUCAAUGUGAAUUACUGCAGUACAGAUAAAAUGUUAGCUGAUGUUAUGACAAAGAGUUUACCAAGACAAACUUUUCAGAAGUUUAGAGACAUGUUGAAUGUUAAAGAGAUCUUAGUUUAA